AUGUCCCGUUUCGCCGUCCUCGCCCUUCUCCUCUCCGUGAGCAUUCUGGAGGUGUCCUGCACACUGCAAAACAUCACCGUCAAAGGAAUCGCCGUGUGCAAUAAGCGUCGGAUGGCCAACGCCCGCGUAAUCCUCAUCGAUAAGGACACUUGUGAGUCGCGGCCUAGAAUUUAACCUAACGGGUCUCUAGUCCCUCUCUUCUUCUAGUGGAUCCCAAUGACGAGUUGACCAGCAUUCACACGAACAAGGAAGGAGAGUUCGAAGUGUUCGGCGAGGAGGACGAGUUGGGAAAGAUCGAGCCGUUCAUCCGCAUCCAUCACAAUUGCAACGCCAAGCCGGUACGUUUUUGAGGGAAAUGACGACGUGGCGAACAAUUUGAUACCCGAUUUGAGAUUUUGAUGAAUUCUAAAGUUCACAAAAGAUGAGAAGACGUAUCUUGACGUUGAGCUUAUGCAUUCUGCGCUCAAAACUUUCAUAUUAACCUGAAGAACAUCAUUGACAAAGUGAAUUUCGAACAUUUCAGGGAUGCGAGCGCAUUUCCGAGUACCAGGUGCCGCAGGAGAAGAUCGGAGACGUCUACGACAUGACCUACGUCACUCUGGACAUUGUCGGCUACGGCGAAAAGACCAAGUGCCAAUGA